AUGGUGCACCUCAGUCGAGUCCAGAAGCGCACCACCCCGCGCCGCCAUGCAAACACAAAGGAUGUGACCGAUUUCGUCUACGGGACGCGGUUCGCUGUCGAAGACCUGCCGCGGCACCAGAUGGCCGAGAAGGAGAUGCCCCCGGAGGUGGUGUACAGGCUUGUCAAGGAUGAGCUGAGUCUGGACGGGAAUCCAAUGCUAAACUUGGCAAGCUUUGUCACGACCUACAUGGAAGACGAAGUCCAGAACCUCAUGACCGACGCCCUCAGCAAGAACUUCAUCGACUUCGAGGAGUACCCGCAAACCUCCGAGAUCCAGAACCGCUGCGUCAACAUGAUCGCGGAGCUGCUGCACGCGCCCACCACGGCCGACGGGCCGGAUGCCCAAGACGCCAUUGGCACAUCCACCAUCGGCUCCUCCGAGGCCAUCAUGCUGGCGACGCUGGCGAUGAAGCGCCGCUGGCAGAACCGCCGCAAGGCCGAAGGGAAGGAUGCCUCGCGGCCGAACCUCAUCAUGAACACGGCCGUGCAUGUCUGCUGGGAGAAGGCGGCGCGGUAUUUCGACGUCGAGGAGAAAUAUGUCUACUGCACGGAGACCCGGUUUGUGAUCGACCCGCAGGAAGCAGUGGAUAUGGUGGAUGAGAAUACCAUUGGCAUCUGCACCAUCCUCGGCACGACGUAUACCGGCCAGUACGAGGAUGUCAAGGCGAUCAACGAUCUGUUGACUGAACGGAACAUCGACUGCCCGAUCCAUGUGGACGCUGCCAGCGGCGGGUUCGUGGCGCCGUUCGUCAACCCGUCGCUGAAAUGGGACUUUCAGUUGCCCAAGGUCGUGUCCAUCAAUAUCUCCGGCCACAAAUACGGACUGGUCUACCCCGGCAUCGGCUGGGUCUUCUGGCGCUCCACCGAAUACCUCCCGCAAGACCUCGUCUUCAACGUCAACUACCUCGGCUCCGAACAAGCAACCUUCACCCUCAACUUCUCCAAAGGCGCCGCCAACAUCAUCGGCCAGUACUACCAGCUCCUCCGGCUCGGCAAGCACGGCUACCGCGCCAUCAUGAACACCCUCUCCCGCAUCGCAGACCACCUCGCCGCCGAGCUCACCAACCUCGGCUUCAUCAUCAUGAGCGACAGCGGCGGCAACAACCUCCCGCUGGUCGCGUACCGGCUACCGCCCAACGAGGACAGGCUGUAUGAUGAGUACGCCCUGGCGCACGUCCUGCGGCAGCGCGGGUGGAUUGUUCCCGCGUACACGAUGGCGCCGAAGGCGAAUAACCUCAAGAUGAUGCGCGUGGUGCUGCGGGAUGACUUCAGCAUGAACCGGUGCGAGGCGCUGAUUGCGGAUAUCAAGAUGGCGAUGAAGUCGCUGGACGACAUGGACGCGCAGAUGAUCCAGAAGUACAUGGAACGCGCGGCACACCAGAAUAAGCCGUUGGUUGAUCGCCAGGCCGCCCCGGUUUAUCAGAAUGAGAAGCACUCGCUGCAGGGCAAGACGGGUAAGACGCAUGCGAUCUGCUAG